CUCCGGAGGUGGCGUCCCACGCGGCCGCAACAAGCUGCCGUUGUCCCACGGGCCGUGGGCCCCGCACACUGGGGCUUUGUCCGGCCCCCCGCCACGGCCCACGGGGGGAGGGGGGCCCCACAUGACCGAGAGGGUAGGAGGAGCCUGCGGCGGCGGCGGCGGCUGCGGUGGCUCCCUCCAUCACUUCCCUCCUGGGCCGGGGUCGGCGGGCAGCAGCAGCGGCGGCGGCGGAGACUGGACAGGGCUGAGCAGGGUCGCGGACGCCCGGCUCCUGGUUCCCCAUCAGGCUACAGGCUCCGGGCCUGGGCCAGUCGGGCAGCUGUGAAUCUAGCGCUUUCCAGGCGCGGAGCUGGGGGUGCGCCCCGCCACCCUGCCUCAAGAUCAUGGGGAAUGGCAUGACCAAGGUACUUCCUGGACUCUACCUUGGAAACUUCAUUGAUGCCAAAGACCCGGAUCAGCUGAGUCGGAAUAGGAUCACACAUAUCAUCUCUAUCCACGAAUCACCCCAGCCUCUAUUGCAGGAUAUCACCUACCUUCGAAUCUCAGUGCCUGACGCUCCUGAGGUACCCAUCAAAAAGCACUUCAAAGAAUGUGUCCAUUUUAUCCACUCUUGUCGCCUCAACGGGGGUAACUGCCUUGUGCACUGCUUUGCAGGUAUAUCUCGAAGUACCACCAUAGUGAUUGCCUAUGUGAUGACGGUGACUGGACUUGGCUGGCAGGAAGUGCUGGAAGCCAUCAAGGCCUCCCGGCCCAUCGCCAACCCAAACCCGGGCUUUAGGCAGCAGCUCGAGGAGUUUGGCUGGGCAAACUCCCAAAAGCUUCGCCGGCAGCUGGAGGAGCGCUUCGGGGAGAUCCCGUUCCGCGACGAGGAGGACUUGCGCGCGCUGCUGCCUCUCUGCAAGCGCUGUCGCCAGGGCUCGGCGACGUCGGCAGCGUCGGCCACCACAGCGUCCUCGGCCGCUUCCGAGGGGACCCUGCAGCGCCUGGUGCCGCGAUCGCCGCGGGACUCACACCGGCCGCUGCUGGCGCGCGUCAAGCAGACUUUCUUCUGCCUCCCGCGGUGCCUGUCGCGCAAGGGCGACAAGUGAGCGCUGUGCGCGCCGCUCCGCCCGUCCCGAUGCCGCAGCCUUCGCGGGCGGCCGGGCCUUUCCGCGGCUGGGACGCACCCAGAGCCGGUGGAAGCCUCGCCCCUGCCCCGUACCCACCGCGCUUGUCUGCGUCCGUCCUUUGUGUCUGCUCUGUGAGUCUGUGUUCGGCCGGCCUGCUGCAAGCCACCUGGUGCCUUAGUCCUUGGAAUCGGGAGAAGGGUCCCGGGCUUCCACCCCGACUGGCGGGGAGCAGGAGGGAGGGUCGGGUGGGGCGGACCGGCCUGGAGGAGAUUAAAGAGACACAGAAGUUGCCUGGCCGGGUGCCUUUGGUCAUUCCUCAGAGCUUGGGCUCCGGAGCCUGCGGGAAGCAGAGCAGGGACAGCUUCCAGGGGCCCACCCGAGAAGCGCCAUUCUCCGCCAGUCUUCAGAGCUGAAUUCCAAGACCACGCCCUUCUUUGACACCAGUCCACGUCCCUCCAUCUCUCCAGGCUUGGCCUCCUGACACCGCCCUUGUGCCCCUUUUCUCUGAACCGUUCACCUCUCCGAAGCCCCUUCCUCCUCUCCAGUUCUCCUCUUCUCUCUGCACAGAUAACUGGUCAGCGUGGUCCAAUUGGUGGUGGUGCCUUCGCGGCAUCUUUUAACUGUCUGAGGUGGCUUUAUCCUCAGGAAGAACACUCAGGCUCACAGAGGUCAGGCAGCUGACCCAAGCACACACAGCAAGGGCAGGUCAUUCCCAGUUGUGACAGUUGGGAGGAGCACCUCCUAGUUCCUGGAAGUUCCAGGAACUUCCUAGAAGGUUCCUGGAGUGAAAGAACCAGCGUGGUGCAGGGGGUGGCGGGACUCUUUUUUUUUUGUUUUGUUUUGUUUUUUAAAGGUUACCAAGCCAAUAAAAGAGUAAGCAUCCCUGUGGGUGAACAGAGGAAUGGGUGUCAUCAGAGCUGCCGACCUGAAAGAGCCCAAGUAGACUCUUGGGGCUUCGUGGCCGAUGGGGAGGCAGAGACCUCAGCACUGAGCCGAACCAAUGGUGAAAUGACCACACCAGCCUCCAAUUCCUCAUUCACUCAAGUGUUCACACCAUGCCAGGUACUGUGCUGGGCCCUGGGGCCACCACAGUGAGCAAAGCUCUGCUUGUACUCUGCUGACAUUCUAGUGGAAGACACUAGAUAAAAGAAGGGGUAAGAGAGUGGGACCAUCUUGCCAUCUGAAAGGGGGUGUGGGGGAAAGCCGUGCAUGAAAAGGCCCUGAGAUAGGACCUGUGUAGAGAAUGGGGGCUGGGCUCCCCUGAAGGCAGGAAACUGGCCUGCAUCCUCCUGAUUGGCUGGUGGCACCAUUGGCCACUGUUUUCUAGCACUUCGGUACUAAAGGAAACCCUUUGGUAUAAUGAUCCAGAUCCCCCAGAUGCUUCCCUACCCGAGUAUCACCUCUACACCUUAUGGCAAGAGUGAGGGCUCUCUACUGGGAACACUGUCACUGUGCUAAACACUGCAGCUCAGCCGGAUCCUCAUUCCACCCUCCCUAAAGCUGCCCCAUUUAUCAGAGAAGAAAACUGAGGCUGGUUGGUGCCCCAGGUAAAGCAAGAGUUGGGACUCAAAUGUGAGCUCAGGCAGCCCAGCUGCAGACUCCACUCUUCAUUAUUUAUCCUUUGUGACCUAGAAAUACGAAAGGCUCCUCUGACACAUGGGAGCAGACACUUGGAGGGACAGAACGCCUCAGAUUGGCUUCUAAAACUCCAACCCCAGUUGGAGUAUACAUGGGAAAAUAUCUACUGACUUUUUUUCCCCCUAGUCACCGUUCCCCAAACAACACCUGGCAUUUGCUUUGGAUUUGAUGUAUUUUUAGAGAUGGUUCAAAGUAUGUAGGUGUACUCUUGCAGAUUCUGUGUAAAUAGUCCACCCCUUGGUUUAAAGGAUUUGCCAUGCAUUUCAACAUCCAGUGGGGUCCUGGAACCAAGCCAACACAAAGGGACGACUAAUUAUUACUCUUGUUAAUCACUCGAAAUGUUUGUGCCCGUCUCCCCCUCCCCAACCCCCACACCUGUGUUCACAGGUCUGAGUGGACUCUGUCUGCAUGAAUAUCAUGGGACAGCCGCUGGCGUAUGGGACCAAGAGGAAGGAGGAAUAAGAAUGCCCUCCCAUGGGUGCUUGUGAAGGGAAGGCCUGACUCCUCACUUCUGUCCAUGCUGGCUGGAACAGCCACUGCACUGGGGGAUUUUGUUUUCUUUCAGAGCCUCAGUUCCACCACAUACACAGCAAGGGCUGGGGCAGCCUGAACUAUUCCACAUAUUUCAUAGUGCAAAUAUUUCUUCAUAAUAAAAAACACAGACC